AUGUCAUCUAACAUAAUUGACGCAGUUGCAGAACUUAAAAGAACAUUGCGUGAUGUCCACCCAUCGCAUUAUAUCUUCAAGAUACAGUCUUUCUCUAUGCUUCUGAAAAAUAUUGGAAAUUACGAAUCAGGAGUUUUUGAAGCUGGCGGCUAUAAAUGGAAAUUGUCAAUCUAUCCAAAUGGGAAUAAGAAAAGAAAGGGGAAAGAUCAGUACAUUUCACUAUACCUCGCAGUAUCCGACGACACAGCUAAUCUUCCUUCUGAUUGGGAGAUCAUUGUGAACUUUAAAUUAUUCGUCUUUGAUCAUAUACGUGACAAGUACCUAACUGUCGAAGAUGCUGAACCAGUGAGGCGUUUCCAUGGGAAUAAAACAGAAUGGGGUUUUGAGAAAUUUCUCUCUCUCAAGAAGUUCCAAAAUCCUUCAAACGGGUACCUCAUCAAUGACACCUGUGUAUUUGGAGCAGAGGUUUUCGUUAUGAAAUAUUCAGGCAAAGGCGAGUGUCUGUCCACAACAAAGUUACUAAGUAACAAAAUUUACACUUGGAAGGUUGACAAAUUUUCAGAUAGUGAAGAAUAUCUAUGCUCCGAUGAGUUUAAGAUUGGAGGGCGGAACUGGAAGCUCUCUCUCUAUCCCAAAGGAAAUUGGAAGUCAAAAGGCAAAAGCCUAGCUCUGUAUCUGAACCUAGUUGAUUCUGAAAAACUGUAUGCAAAAUUCAAGGUGAGGGUAAGGGAUGAAGUCAAUGGUAAACACUUUGAACGCGAAGCUAGUGUCUGUUUCUGUGCCAGGAUUUCAACCUGUGGAUUCCCAAUCUUCAUGCAUCGAAGUGAUCUCUUUGACGAAUCAAAGGGCUUCAAGGUGAAAGAUACUAUAAUUAUUGAGGUAGAAAUUGUAACGUUGUCCGAGACUAAUUCCAUUAUGUGUUCGGAGGAGAAGAAACAAGACAAGUAG